AUGAACCUCGUCCUCGCAGACACCGAAGAAUUCCGCAAAGUAAAACGCAAGCAAGCCAAGUCCUCCGCGCCAGCCGUCCCGGGCUCUGCAGCUGCGAGUGUCGAGACCGAAGAGAAACGAACCUUGGGCCUUGUGAUUCUGAGAGGAACAAAUAUCGUGAGCUGUUCGGUUGAAGGACCUCCUCCAUCCGAUCCCAGCGCUAGACUGGGGCAAUCUGCUCCAGGAGGAGCACCAGCAACACUUCAGGCUGGUACAGGUAUCUCGAGACCGGCUGGCAGAGGUCUUCCUGUCGGGUUGGGCGGUCCUGUAGCAGGCGUGGGGAUGAGUGGACCGCCUCCUCCGGGAGGAGUGCCACCUGGAGCGUUUGGAUUCCCGCCGCAACCACCAGCGGGAUUUCCAGGCGGAGCACCACCCCCUGGAUUCGCUGGAGCUGGAAGAGGUGGACUACCUGGACCACCAGGAGGACCACCUCCCGGCUUCGGUGCACCUCCCCCUGGGUUUGGAGGACCACCCGGUGGCCCGCCAGCAGGUAUGCCUCCGGGCUUUCAAGGCGGACCACCGGGCCCUGGAAGGGGUUUCCCACCCCCAGGCUUCGGAGGAAGGUGA